AAAUAGCUCCGGCGAUCCGAUCACUCAUGGCGAACGAAGACGACGACGGAGAGAAAUCCAGAGGCAUGCCCCAGCAGAUUGCUAACAAACCCAAAACCCAGAUCGUAAUUGGUGUUCCUUCGUACCAGGAAGUCUUGGAAAGCUCACAGACGAAGUCCACGCCUCCAUCUCUCUUCAAGCCUUCCCAGUCUUUCUCUCAGGCAUUCGCUUUCGUCAAAUCGUCCGACGUCUAUUCUGCUCCUCCUCCUCCUCCUCCUCCGCCUUCUUCCGCCGCCUCUCCGUCGAAGCUGCCGGGCGCUUCUCAGGUGCCCAGUACAAGCCAAACGCUUCAAACCGAUGUGGCUUCAUCUUCUUCUUCUACUCCUGUAGCUACUGGCGACUCUUUGUCGUCGAACACAACUCAGUCUCGUAACGCAAUCCUCGUUAGCAAUAGACAGAAAGGAAACCCGCUUCUUAAACAUAUCAGGAAUGUUAAAUGGGUUUUCUCAGAAAUCAUUCCGGACUACUUGCUUGGUCAAAGCACUUGCGCUUUGUAUUUAAGCUUGCGGUAUCAUCUACUGCAUCCGGAUUAUCUCUAUUUCCGCAUAAGGGAACUACAAAAGAACUUUAAGCUCCGUAUUGUUCUUUGCCAUGUCGACGUUGAAGAUUCGGUGAAACCAUUGCUUGAAGUCACGAAAACCGCUCUUCUCCAUGAUUGCACCCUAUUGUGCGCCUGGAGCUUGACUGAAUGUGCCCGUUAUUUGGAAACGAUCAAAGUCUAUGAAAACAAACCCGCGGAUCUCAUCCAAGGCCAGAUGGAUACAGAUUAUCUCUCACGACUUAACCAUUCUCUUACAAGCAUCCGACAUGUGAACAAGAGCGAUGUAGUCACACUUGGUUCUACAUUCGGGUCUCUUGCUCAUAUAAUGGAUGCAUCCAUGGAAGACUUAGCUCGCUGUCCCGGGAUUGGCGAACGCAAGGUGAAGCGGUUGUACGAUACAUUCCACGAACCUUUCAAGCGUGCAACUUCAAGCUACCCGUCUGUUAUAGAACCAAUAAUCCCGGAGACUGUAAAUCAGAAGGAUGUGAACUCAGAGGAACCUGUUGAAGCAGACGAGGAUUUUGUGGAGGACUCGAGGAAACGCAAGAGGAAAGAACCCGAGAAAACCGUGAAGACCGCACUCUCAGCUGUUUUUGCUCGAUACUCAGAUAAACUCAGCAAGAAAAAGGAGAAACAAAAGGAGAAAGGUUCCACAACAGAGUCAGAUGCUGAAACCCACCAAGAUUAACACAAAUUUUUGAUCAUAUUCCUAAAAUUGUAACCAAAGGUUUGAGUGUAAGGUAGAGUGGGAUAGUUCCCGAAUCUUUUGUAUUAAUUUCAAACUUUUGUUAAUAACUUCU